AAUCGAUUUUUCUUUCUUCUUAUUCUUCAGUAUAAAUAAGUGCUUUUUUCUCACUUAUUCUUCAAAAUUUUCUCUUUCACUCUUCUUACGGUAACAAGAACUUCAAAAACUGUUUUCUGCAUAUUCUCAACUCUCUUCUUCAAUGGCUGCUCCUGAGAUUAACUGGGAUAGUUUGAAGUAGUUGAACGAUGCGCUGAAUGUCUUUACGGUUUGGUGUCUGAUUCGGCUUUUUACAACAUUGGUUAUAUGAUAGGUAUGUGCAAUCAGCAGCAUUUUGUUUUGGUACUUUUCUAUAAUACCAUAGAUAAUGAGGCUAGAUAUAAUGAAAUUCUAUGUAGGGGGAGCUGGACUAUUUUCUGGUGUUACUGUGUUACUCUACCCUGUCUCUGUUGUGAAGACUAGGAUGCAGGUUGCUUCGAAGGAUACUGCAGAGAGAAGUGGAUCUUCUGUUGUGAAAGGAUUGCUUAAGAAAGAUGGUAUCCGUGGUUUGUAUAAAGGGUUUGCCACCGUCCUCGCUGGAACAAUACCUGCCAGAAUCGUAUUUCUCACUUUCUUAGAGACCACGAAGGAAGCUUCCUUCAAGAUGGUUAAACCGUUUAAACUGUCUGAAACUAGUCAGGCUGCAAUAGCGAAUGGCAUUGCAGGCAUGUUAUCGGCGGUUGUGUCACAAGUUGUGUAUACUCCAAUUGAUGUGAUUAGCCAAAAGUUGAUGGUGCAAGGAUACUCAGGCCAUGCCCAGUAUAGUGGUGGUUUGGAUGUUGCUCGGAAGUUGAUAAGGUCCGAGGGCUUCAGGGGAUUAUACAGAGGGUUUACUCUAUCUGUUAUAACUUAUUCACCAUCUAGUGCUGUAUGGUGGGCAACUUACGGCUCAAGUCAACGCUUCUUAUGGAGCCUGGCCAGAUCAUGUAAUGGAUUGUUCAUCCUCAAAGGAUAUAGUUACACUGCUUGAAAUUCAUGAAUUUGUACCUGUGUUGAACUGAGGAAAGUUGGAAAAACAAUUAGAGAAAACUUAUCAAGAGCUUGAACCAGUUUUGCCCGAGAUGAGUUUUUUUAAAUGGUUGAUUUUAUCAUUAACAGAGCAAUAAAAUUUCACUUCAUCACAUGCAUACAAAAGAUAAGAUCUUAUUUCUGCAUGAUUAGGCAAUUUUA